UAUGGACAACGUGCUCCGUAUUGACCUCCGGUCCACUCCGAUCACCUCCGAAUUAGUUGAUCAGUAUAAAGGGAGCAAGUGAAAUUGAAAUAAGAAGAAAGAGACCUUCAGAGUCAGAGGCCCUGGAUCGGAGCAGAGCUCGGAGGUAAAAGAUGCUGGACGAUGUAUCCCAUUGCUCCGGACGUUUCUUACGUCUUAUCGGAACGUGAGGAUAUCAACUCGAUCCUGUACCAACCGAUUAAUUCGACGCAGCGAAUAAAGUACACAUGUUUCAACGCUUCACCAAGUUACAUCAUACUAGGCUCAAGCAGUGGCAGCGUUUACUUGUUUUCAAGAGAGCCAUGUUUAUUUCUUCAAAUAAUACCUCUCUCGGAAGGUGUGGUUUCACGUGUAGCGAUAUCACCUGACGAAAAAACUGUAGCCUUAGCAACAACUCGCGGUACUGUCUGUCUAGUAUCUCUGAAAUCCACUCCGCAAUUGAUAUCAGUAUCAACGGAGCAUAUAUAUAAACAAAUUACUUGUAUCUGUUGGAAUAAUAAUAGUACCGAGUUGUAUGUAGGAGAUGCAAUUGGCAGGAUUUCUGUCAUGGUGUUAUCCAUAUUUACGGUUAAUGGAAUGUUUCAAACUCCAAUAUGCACACUGAUGAGUCUGGAUUCUAGCAUCGUACAAUUAAACUUUCAUUCGCCUUUGUUAUUGGUUUCCACGUUAGCACGUAGUUAUGUCUGCGACACAGUGCAAGAGCAGUACAAACAGAUUGGCAAUAAGCCGCGUAAUGGCGAGUUCGGCGCAUGUUUUUACACGCACGAGAAUAACACUUUAAAAGCACAGAGAGAAGAAAGGAACACCAACAACAUACGGGGCGCGUUUAAUUUGAUCUCCGAUAACGAUAUCAAUAUUCUGGGCGAGAAUCAGUCAAAGAUAUUUUGCGCUCGGCCUGGUUCGAGAUUAUGGGAGGUGUCGGCUGAUGGAAUUGUUGUGAAGACGCAUCAAUUCAAAGAAGCUUUGGCAAUUCCUCCGACAGUAAUAUUUCGAUCAAAUAGUACCUUAGAAUCUAGUCAGAAGAAGGAGACAGAGUGCGAAUGGCCGCCGCAGUCUGUCAACUUCUCGCACUUGUUCGUACUUGCGCGCAAGUAUUUAUUUUCUUAUACAACCAGCGGCCUAUAUGUUAUCGAUCCGACGAAUGCAAGCAUGCUGUUGUGGAGCAACGAGUACACGAACAUCAGCAUGACGGCGAUCGUGGACAAUCAGAUCUACUUGAUGACCUGUGAUAGCAAAUUUCAUUGUAUAGCGUUAUCGUCACUCGACAGUCUAAUACUAUGGCUGUAUUGCCGCGAGCGAUACAGCGAGUGUUUAAACGCGUGUUUUGUAUAUAAGUCGCAAUUAUUGAAAACAAUCGGCACUAAGGAAAUUGUUGAAUUGUUCAAAGUAGAAAAUCUGCCGCAAGAUAAGAAAGAGCUACUGCGACCAUUAAUAACGCUUCUGCAAACUAGUGAUAAUAAUAGACCAGCUAAAUUAAACUCCGGCAUCGUAGUCGUGCAUUCCGAAAACAAUAAGUUCGUUAAUAAAAAAACUUACGGCUGUGAAAUGACGCCUUCGUCGCAGUCUCCUGAAAUCUCCAGCGAUGAUUCGUUUGAGAUGCAAAUAGAAUCUGGAAAAGAUCGGAAAGAAAAUCUCGCUCAAGAAAAUAUCCUCGGAACUGUUUCAGGGAACAUAUUUGAUUCGGAUUACAAUGGAGAAAUGUUAGAUAUUAAAGAGGAUGGUCAUCAGAAGCCGGAUUUUCAAGAAAACGUUACACAUAGGAUUCAAUCCGAUUUGCACUCGAUUUACGAGCUGGCGAACAGUUUCAGACCUAAUAUGUUGGAGGAAGAAAUCGAGGAAAUUAUUUUGGAGACAGAUAAAAAGAUGAGAACUAUCAAAGAUUCCUAUCGAGACUCGCCUGGGCUUCAGAGUUUUAUCUAUGAAGUUACUCGCGCCGCGGAAUUGCAUUAUUAUAAUAUGUUUCUGGAAAACACCUCCAUGCAGUUGAUCGACUCCAGCAACAGCAAUUCCAUCGUGCGGCAUUUCGCAAGAGCCUUCAUCGAAAUCAACGCGCCGGCUUACUUCCGAUGUAGUUGUGGUUACCCUUAUCCGAUGGAUAAAACCGUAGAGCCGAAGUUUCUGGCGAUCGGCGAAUCAUUGUUUAAGAGAUAUGCAGACGAUCUACCGAAAGAGUGUAGCAAUAUUUGUGACAAGGUACCUUAUAUGUGGCGUGUGUAUCUGCCCAUCCGCAUCGAGCAACAUAGUACAUUGGACGACUUAUUGAGACAAUGUCUUCAGACCAGAGACAAUGUCGUGUUAUCGUUUCUUCUACCGGCGUUAAAUGAGCAACAGUGGAAUUGCGUAAGUACGUGUCUGAGCGAAAUCGAAGACAGUACUUGCCUCUUUUGCGCGACACCUUUGGCAAAGAAAUCCAAUUAUGACGUACUGAUAGAUUGGAGUGGGAUUGUCAAAGAAAUUAUGAAAAGAGAGGGACCAGACGAGGCCACGGCGUUUCUGAUUAAGCUGGAGGAUAUGAUACCAGACAUUGAUUUAGACAAAAGUAUAUUCCAGUCGAUCGUGUUUACAAAAAUGCUGCGUCGCCGAGGUCUGAAGAAAUCGAUUGAUUUCAGUAAAACUAACCAAUUAUCAUCGAAAUUUGGUACAAUUUGCUCACCACAGAUACGUGAUCAGUUGACCAAAGUUCUCGAGAAAGAUUUAAGACGAUCGAUAGAUAAAAACGUGUUUGGAACAGGCGCUCAUCAUUGGGGUAUGCGUCAUCAGAUUAAAUCAUUGACGUGCCCAUGCUGUACGUUGUCUUUACAGACACCAAUUUUACUAGGUACCAAUGGAGUCGCGAUCUUUCGUUGCGGCCACGCUUAUCACGUAAAUUGUAUGAUAGAAAGAAAGCUCACUAGAUGUAAUCUUCAUCAGUAAAUGUUGUAAAUAAGAAUUAAAUGAAGAAGUUACAUGUACCGUGUACACAUUUCUCUUGAAAUAAAGCUCUCUUCAGACGUACUUGAAUUUAUUAUUUAUUACCUAUCUAAUAAAGAUCUUUUUCUAUCGUCACAAAUAUUUGAAUUUAUUAUCU